UUAAUAUUUGUAUUUGUGAUGAACGGUUAGUAUAAAAAAAAUAUGGAUUUAUAAAAUUCUAACCCGUUCUAAAAUUGUGUUGUGACUGCUCUGAUCCAAAAUGGCGGCAGCCAUGAUAAAGGACCGGGGACUACGAAAGAAGUUAACACAACAAGCUAUACCGGAGAAAACACCAAAAAAACCUUCGAAACGUAAAUCGACUCCGAGCAGUUCUAAAAACGACAAGAAGAAUGAACAAAAUAACAACAAAAAACCUAAAAUACAGACUGGUGACCCGAAAGUGGACUUGUUUUCAACCUAUCAACCAUGGGUUAUCCAGACGUAUGGAGAUUUGGCUAAAACCAAGACGAUAACGUUGAAAAAGUAUGCUAGAAUUCUCCGCACCCUACGAGGCGAGGAAUGUAACAGUUCAGAUAGUUCAAAAUUCCGCUUUUGGGUAAAGGCGAAAGGCUUUCAUGUGGGUAGACCAACAGGAUAUGAAGCCAAGCCUGCCGACGGUAUAAUUUGCCGAUAUAGCGUGGCCGAUGCAGAAGGAUGUGCACGAGGUACAGAAGGACAGGAAGUGUACACAGGAUCACAGAAUGAUCCCCCGUUAUAUAUUCCAACUCCUCCUUUAAAGAAUGCGGCGAACCAGGAACCAGUGUAUAGGAAAGUGGCAAUUGUUGAAAACUUCUUUGAUAUAAUUUACACUGUUCACGUUGAACUAGAAGGGAGACCCGGAAAGCAUGCAGGACAAAAACGAACAUACAGAACAAUAACAGAAACCUACGCUUUCCUCCCUCGAGAAGCGGUCACGCGAUUCCUGACCGGUUGCGCAGAAUGUGCACGGCGACCGCGCAGUGCAUCACCACCUCCUCUGCCGACACCCUCACCAUCACCCACCAGGCACCCCACCUACCUCCCGUUUAUACCCCACUGCGCUCCAGACUACAGAAAUUGGGAAUCAGAAAUUGAUGCAGCACAAAACUACUCUUACGAACCGAAAUUCGACUACACCGACCUACAGCCACUCAAAAAAAUUGAAAGUCCAAAACCCGUUGAAGAAGAAGAACCAACUUACAUUGAACUUACGUCCAAGAAUAGUUUUGACGCUACCACACUUUACAAUAGAAGUUCAUUAGAACCUUUCAGAGAAGAGGAACCGGUAAGAACUGAUCCUGAAAUAGAUAAAGACGAUAGUGUUAUUGACGUAGAAGAUGUUCAGUCGAGUCCACCUCCUUUAAUUGAAAAGAAAGAAGAAGACAAUACAGAGAAAAGCCCCAAACAACAUAACAAAGCAAAAGAAGAUGAUGUUGUCGAAAAGACUGAGAGUAAACGAAAUAAAAAGUACAAUCCACUUGAUGUUGCGAAUUUGACUUCAAAAGAUCCUCCAAAAUCCAGAUCACCCCCAAGGAAGAAGCUGUUACCUGCCAGCUUUGACUUUCCCCAUUCCUAUGGGAGAUUACCAAAACCCUGGCGGCCUGAUGGAGGUGUAUUUUAUGGUGAUGAUAUUGACUUUAGUGUGCCAAUUACCACGGCGUAUUUGAAACAUAUGCGGAGCAUGGGGUACCAGGAUCGAGUUGAUUUGGAAAAUAAGGAUAACUUAACACCAGAACCAGCCGACAUGAAUGAUGACGACAAUUUUUCAAGUCAUGGCUACGCGAAAGACGCUGAGAAGUUGAAAAUGAUGUUGCUGGCAUGGAAUUAUCACAGCCAGACACAAGGCCGCAACGGUGACAUAACAGAGAGCGGGGCGGACAGCAUGGCAGAUCUCUGGGCUUCUUACCACAGUGCACUUGGUCUUGGAAGCAAACCUCCGAAAACCCCCACCCCUAUGGCUACCGGACACUCGGUGAGUUUUAAGAGUCCCAUCCACGUUGGAUCAGGUACUCCUGUAGAACCAGCGUCGACACAUGAUGAGACUUCCUCGUCGGAUCGGACGAAGGAUGAUGACGACGGUGGCGCGUCCGACGACGAUAGCGAUGACCGCGUAGAUCCGCAGCAUCAUGAUCCUGAACGGCUGAAAGCUUUUAACAUGUUCGUCCGUCUCUUUGUCGACGAGAACCUCGACAGGAUAGUUCCUAUUUCAAAACAACCGAAAGAGAAGAUUCAAGCUAUAAUCGACUCCUGCACCAGACAGUUCCCGGAGUUUGCCGAGCGAGCACGCAAGAGGAUUCGAACUUAUUUGAAGAGUUGUAGGCGGAAUAAGAAAGUUCGAGGUGAAGCCGGUCCGACUAGUGGGAACGGAGGCAGCACACCGUCGGGCAAUGCCUGGGAUACCGCGGUCCGCCCAACGCCCGCGCACCUAACCUCAGUACAAGCUGAACACAUUCUGGCGCAGGCAUGCGAGAACGAGAGCCUGAAUGCAAAACGCAUGCGACUCGGACUUGACCCUGUAAGCCAGCCCAUGCCCACUGUGCCCACGCCCAUGGCCAUAGACACAACCGCAACAUCAGCAGUGGCCUCUUCAUUCCUAAGCCUGUACAGUGGCGCUAUGAGUAGCUCCUGUACCUCAGUCAGCAGCACAGCAAGCACAAGCCUCGCUUCAGCAGCACACAGCAAGGCAGCGGCAGACACCACGCGGCCUGCCACUAGCCCUGCACUGGAUAACCCACUGCUCAACAACAAUAGCUUGAAGCUUGAUAACGCUAAUGGGAGUACUGGAAGCAAGACUGCAAGUCCAGCGUCAUCACCUGCACCUUUGUUUAGACCAUCGUUUCCCAAUACAUUUGGGAACCCACCAACAUUUGGAAGACAAAGCUCAAACACCAAUCCGACAUCAGCUUUAUCAAGCAAUGCACUUUUGUCGAGUCUGACCGCAAUUCCUCCUACAGGUGUUGGAGUGAAUGCAGCCAUGGCUGCAUACCAAAGCGCUUUAUUAUCUGCAAUGGCUGCUCAUACGCACACAUUUCCAAAUAUUACAGCCCCAACAGAUUUAUCGCUCAAAACGUCAGUUUCCACACCACUGCACGCAACUUCUACAUCAUCGUCUCUCUCGGGUACAGGCCAGAAGUCGCUUCUCUCACACAAGUUGUCUGGCGCAGAAGUUGGCGCAGUCAGGCAGCUCAUCACAGGAUACCGCGAGUCGGCAGCUUUCCUCCUGCGAUCCGCUGACGAGUUAGAGGCGUUGCUCCUAAACCAACCCUAGGACACACCCAAAACCUUUCCAGAUGUAUUCGGAUUCAAGUUCGGGUACUUCUGAAUGGACAAUUACGUGCAAUUCUUCAAAAAUUAGUGUUAAAAAUGUUUAUUUAAACGAAGUUCGAGUACCUAUUUCGCGAUCUUGAUGUGGCCACAAGUUGGUGUCAAAAGUUUAAAGUGUUUAUUGAAUGUUUUUUUGUGGUAUCGUUGUAAUAUUCUAUAUAGCGUUGAAAUACGAUCAGUGUUGAAUGAACAUUGUAGAGAGAGAGAGGCGGGAAAUAUGGUACAUUCGUUACACAAACAUGGUGAAUGGUUUUUGUAAAUAGAUCUCUGCAAUUUAACGCGUGAUCGUAAGCUGAUGGUAGAUUAACAUGUUGGGAGCGUGAAACUGUAAAAGUCCAAGAGUUAAGGCAAGUUAAGCCAGUUGCGCAAAAUAUCUUACUUGCGACCAAAAGAAGACUCUAUUGACAAGAGCGUUUUAUGAUUGGCCAUAAAUUGCCACGCCACCACAGAUGCGGGAUGACCGCCCUUGUUCGACUUUGGAUUUAAGUUCUAAAUGCGUUAUAAUUGGACGUACUUUAGCAAAAAAGAAGGGCUGUACCGAUGAACUAUGAAAUCCCGUUGUAUGUAGGUACUAACUAAACUAGAAGGCUUUGAGCUCUGAGCGGCAAAGUUCGCAGUCUUACUUCUGCACGGCUAGCAUGGGCGGGAGACAAUUAUCUCCCCGGGGAAAGGAUAAAAAUGUAU